AUGGAUGUUGUUCAACAAACAUAUGGUUUAAAUCAAACUGAUCAACCAUCAUCGGAUCAUCAUCAAAUAACAAAAUAUUUAAAUAUAACAUGUACUGAUUCAAAAUCAAUAGAAAAACAUUAUAAUUUAUCAUCUCAAUCAACAAUUCAAUCAUUGGAAUUAACUAUAAAUGAAUCCAAAAAUUCACCAAUAUCAGAUAUAAAAUAUUCUAAUGAUAAAUUAAAACAAGAUUUCUCUCAAAUUAAAUUAUUAUCUAAUUCAUUUAAUACUAUGAUAAAUGAUAAGGAAAAUUUAAAUUAUUAUCAUCAAUAUAAUAAUAGCAAUAAUAAUAAUGAUAAUAAUAAUAUGAAUAAAUGUUUCGAUGUAACUGAUUGUUAUCAAUCACAAGAAACUGAUCAUUUUUCUGAUUCAUUCAAUAGUUCUACUUCUUCUACAUCAACAUCUCAAUAUAUUCAAAUUCAAGAAGAUGGUAUAGAUAAUACUGAUAAAGAAGAAUUUGAAAUUCGUCGUAAACGACGUAAACAAAUAUUACCACAACAGAAUUUUCAUUUUACUCCAGUUAUAACUAAUAAUAUGGAUGAUUUAAUGGAAGUUAAUGAUAUAUCAAACGAAAAUGAUAUGACCAGAUUUAUAGAUUAUGAAUUAGAUGAUAGUGUAAAUUAUCAACCAAAAAUAAGAAAAUUAUCUAAAUCUUUGUCAAAAAACGAUGUGGAGCAUUUAGAAAGUGAAGAAUUAGAAGAAGUGAAAGAAAAAGAACAUACAGAAGAGAAUAUAGAGAAUAAAGAUGUUGUAGAAAUGAAUUCAGAUAUUCAAAUGAUUAAUGCUGAUGAUGAACAUGUACUUAACCAAACAGAUAAAUUAUUCAAUAAAAGUUUCUCUUCUACUAUUAACAUAAAUUCAGAAUAUAAGAAAUUAAUUAGUGAAUUAAGUCAAUAUGCCGUAGAAGCAUUUCGUCGAAGUUUAACAAAUAAAUCAACUAAAGUACAAAAAGGUUUAGAUAAUGAAGUGAAUAGAAACAAUUGUAGCGAUGAUAUCGAUCGCGGUAGCAUCACUACUACUGCUAUUAAUAAUAAUAAUGAUAAUACUGAUAAUAAUAACACAGAAGAAAGAAUUAUUGAACAAACAUUAUUAAAACUUGAACCACAUAUAUCUGAAUUAGUCGGUCAAUCAUUAAGAACAAGUAUUGAAACAAUAAAAAAAGAAAUGUUAUCUAAUUUUCAAAGAAUCAAUAAUCAUUCAUCUAUGAAUCUAUUACAUAAUCAAUCUGAAAUUAAUGAAAAUAAUAAAACAUUAGAAAUUAGAAAUCAAGAAAUAUUUCCUGAAACAUUUCAACAUUUAAAUGAUCCACAUAAAGAUGAUACUAAUUCUAAUGAAGAAAUAAAACAAAAUCAUUCAACUGAAAUAAUACCAAUGGAGAAAAUUGAUCAUGUAACUGAUAAUUUAAGACAACAUUUACAUAAUUCAGCAAUAAAUACAAAUGAACAAAUGAAUAAUAAUAAUAAUAAUAAUAAUAAUAAUAAUAAUAAUAAUAAUAAUGAUAAUAAUAAUAAAAUAUUACCAUCUAAUAAUUUAAUGGAUCAAUCUAUAGGAAAUGAUCAAACUUCUAUUAUAAAUAAUCAUUUACCAAAUAUAAUAACUCAUUCAAAUGAUCCUAUUCAAUCAGCCUAUAAAACAUUACUGACAAAUAAUAUAUUAAAAUUACCUAUAAAUAAUCUUACAUUCAAUUCAAUGAAUCAUAUAAAUCUAGCCUAUUCAACUUGUAAUACUGAUCAUAAUGAUUCUAUUAAUAAUUGUAUAGAUACAAUUGAUUUUAAUAAACAAAUCAUGCAUAAUAUCCAUGAAGAAAAAGAGAAAUCUUUACAAUUUCCUUCAUUUUUCACUAAUUUGAAUGAGAAUAAUAAUCAAUUAUAUUCAAGAAUUUCAUCUAAUGAUCUAUCUAUGAUUAAUUUCACUUGUAGAAUGGAAAAAGAUAUUCCCAAUAAUAGUAGGGAAUUUUAUUAUAUUCAAAUGGAGAAAUAUGCACGAGUUGCCAUAUCUGAAGGAAUACGUAUUGCUGAUGAAAUUCAUGUAACAAUUGAAUCUGAAAUCUACAGAGCUUUAAAUUUGCAUUAUAAUCGUAAUCAACAAUUAGAGGUACCAGAUCAUUUUCGUAUUGUUGUUGAAGCAACAUUACGUGAAUUUUUCAAUGCACUUUAUACUGGUAAAGAUUCAGAACAAUCAUGGAAAAAACCAAUUUAUAAAGUUAUAGCUAGAAUGGAUCAACCAGUUCCAGAAUUUUUCAAAAGUCCUAAUUGGAUGGAUCAAUUAGCUGAUGGAUAAAUGAGAAGAAAAAUAAGUAAUCAAUUGAUUACUUAUUAUUAUGUUUUAAAUUACAAAUAUAUCAUGUAGACGAAUUCCUACUUGACUAAUAAACAUGAUCUUCAUAAUUCAAAUAACAAUUACGUAACCUGAAAUCAUUAUGAGUAAUCUAUUUCAUUAUACAAUUUAAAAUUUAGUAAACAAAACCAAAAAAAGUUACUUGUUCUUUCAUUCCCUAUAAAUUAAACUUGGCAAAACAAUUUGAUUCUUUUUUUUAAAACAAAAC